CAUGAAGCUAGCCUUUCAAAGUGUAGUUUUGAAAGGUGUUUUAACUCAACGUGUUUGUUAAAUUGUUACAAUAUGGAUUUGGCGGCUCGAAAAAUUCGUGAUGCGGAUUCUACAAUUGCAUACGUUCAAUGUGAUGGAUUAGCUGUAAUGAAAAUGGUAAAACAUUGCCAUGAAGAAUCAUCAAGCAACAUGGAUAUCGCACAAGGUGCUCUUCUCGGCUUAGUUGUUGAUAAUCGUUUAGAAAUUACAAAUUGUUUUCCAUUCCCUAAACAUAAUGACGAGACAAUGGAUGAAGAAGAAUACCAAUUAGCCAUGAUGCGUCGAUUACGUCGCGUGAAUGUUGAUCAUUUCCAUGUUGGGUGGUAUCAAAGUGCAGAUGUGGGUAAUUUCUUAAGUCUUCCACUUUUAGAAUCCCAGUACCAUUAUCAGACCUCAAUAGAAGAAUCUGUUGUGGUUAUUUAUGAUACACAAAAAUCAGCUCGUGGUUUCUUGACUCUUAAAGCGUAUCGAUUAACUCCACAAGCCAUUGAAAUGUACAAGGAGGGUGAAUUUACUCCAGAAGCUUUGUUAAAAUUAAAAAUUGGGUAUGAAAAUUUAUUCAUUGAAGUGCCAAUUGUUAUUAGAAAUUCUGCAUUGACUAAUAUAAUGAUGUCAGAACUAUCUGAAAUGGUACCAGAAGAAGAUGGAACGAAUUUCUUGGAUUUGGGAACUGCAUCAGUAUUAGAAGGUCAAUUAAGAUGUUUAAUGGAUCGCGUUGACGAAUUAAAUCAAGAAGCAAUUAAAUUCAAUCGUUAUCAACAAUUAGUUAAUCGUCAGCAACAAGAUAAACAUCGUUAUCUCCAAAAACGUGCUCAAGAAAAUGCAGCUAGAGCAGCUAAAGACGAACCGCCACUACCGGAAGAAGAUAUUAAUAAACUAUUCCGCCCACAACCAGUUCCACCAAGAUUGAAUCCAAUGAUUGUAGCUGGUCAAAUUGAUACGUACAGUCGGCAUAUUUCUCAAUUUUGUUCACAAUCUUUGGCUAAACUUUACAUUACUCAAGCACUUCAAACAGCUAAAGAGGCUAAAAGCACAUAAUUUUUACAGAAUUUGUUUAAUUUAUACUUUGAUCGAUCUGUAAAUUGAAGUGUAAGUGAAAAAUUUAUAAUCAAUAAAUAACAAAGAUAACUUUCGAAAAAA